ACAGCAGCUCCCCGCCGGCUCUCUACAGCUCCAGGCUCUUCCACUACCCUCCAGAUCAGCUCCAUGGCCGGCGUCGCCUCCUCUCCCCGCGCUCUGCAGCUGCUCAGGCUCGCACCGCUGCUGCUGCUGCUCCUGCUCGCCAGGAGUCAAUGCACUGCAGGGGCUCCCUUGGCCAGUGAACUGCGCUGCCAAUGCCUGCAAACCAUGCAUGGAAUUCACUUCAAGAACAUCCAAAGUGUGAAGGUGACACCCCCAGGCCCGCACUGCGUCCAAACUGAAGUCCUAGCCACUCUCAAGAAUGGACAGGAGGCUUGUCUCAACCCCGAAGCCCCCAUGGUUAAGAAAAUCAUCCAGAAGAUGCUGAGCAAGGGCAGCACCAACUGAUCUAGAAAAAAGUGAAAAGAUUGCUGUGCUGAUUCCAGCCUGUUGUCCCUAUCCUCAGGAAAACAAAGAAUAGCUGGCAUCUGGAGACUCCUGGAAAGACCUUAAUGCAAUUUUAUUAUUUCUUAUGAGCGCACUAUUUAUUUGUGUUUAUAUUUAUUUAUUUUUCCAAGCCUAUAUUUUAAUAUUUUACAUGACUAUUUAAAGUGAUAAAUGUACUUCAUCAUACAUGGCUCAAUUCUGAUUGUUGAAUUUGAAGAUGGUGGGUUUAUAAAUGUGCUAUUAUACUAAUAUUUAUUGGAAAAUCAUCAACUUCCAGCAGCUACCAUGCUGGAAGUCUGGGGUCUGGGGUUAGGAUCCAAGCAAUUAGAGAGUACAACUAUUGUGAGAAUAUGGCAAUACAUGUGCAUCUAUUUUGGUUUUGUACUUUUGAAAAUGGUUGUCAAUUGUUAUUUAUUGAAGUCUUUGUAUUAUAUGGUCAACAGUAUGUUGAAACUUCCCUUGGACAUUUUAUGUCUAGCUUGUAGGGCAUAAUGCCUUGUUUAAUAUGUUUUGUCCAGUGGUUUUCUUUGUCUUGGCACAGAAAAGGUGCAGUUACUGCUACAUUUUUACAUCUG